AUGUCUGACAACACCGGCAAUGCCUCGACUGGUCAGUCGUACAUCGACCAAGCCACUGGUCUCGCUCAACGCGCCAUGGGAACCGUGACUGGCGACUCUUCCACUCAGGUAAGCAUCCAUUCUAGUCCCCCAACACCGUACCACAAUACCAACGCAUCUCAGACCAAGGGUGAACGCAAGCAAGAGGAAAGUCAAGCCAAAAAGGAUGCCUCCCACACAACUGCCAAGUUGGGCCCCUUCACCGCCGACCCGAACACUGGAGCCGUUGCCAAAGACGACCCCAAGCGCGACACAGGAUCUUGGGACCAGACCGUUGGCUCUGCCAAGGAGUCGGUCGGCAACCUGAUCGGAAACGAGAACCUGCGCCGCACCGGAGCAGAGCAGAACGCCGCCGGCAAGGAACAAGAGGCUAAGGGUCAGCUCAAGGACUUGGGUGAAGGUAUUCAGAACCGCGCCCAGGGUACUCUUGGAUCCAUUGGUGCCGCUGUCACUGGUAACCGCACCGAGGAAGAGAAGUACCGUGAUAUGCAUGACGAGGGCAAGGCCCGCCAGCGCGGUGCUGAGGCCGAUAUUGCCAAGAAGGGUGGUGCUUAA